CAUCAGUUGAGUCCAAUCAAUUGCACAGCGCAUUUAGCACCAAAACCGGAUCCACAAGUCCACCAAUCCAGAAUCAAUAUGAAAUUCUUCUCAGUCGUCACCGUCUUUGUUCUCGGUCUGCUGGCUCUCGCCAACGCCGUCCCCUUGUCGCCCGAUCCAGGAAAUGUUGUUAUCAACGGCGACUGCAAAUACUGCAAUGUUCACGGUGGCAAGUAGACAAGGUUUUUGCCCGAGGAUCAACACAAGGCCAUAACUUACCUCAAGUUCACCAGACAUCAUUCAGAUAAUCGUCUUGUACAAAAAUUAGACCUAGGAUUUAGAAAAAUGACAACCAUACAAAGACAAAAAUAAAAAUGAAAAACACCUGAA